AUGGCGGGGUCGCGGAUGCAGACCUGGUUCCCGGGCACGUCCUACCCGCUCGUCGUCAGCGCGCCAAUGGACUUCGUGUCCAACGCCCGGCUCGCGACCGAGGUGACCAAGGCCGGCGGCUUGGGCUUCGUCCAAGGCGGCCGGGACUUCAGCCCAGACUCGCCCGUCCUCAAGAAACUGGACGAGCAGCUCACGCAGGCGGCGAGUCUUCUCAACAUCCCAAGCACAGACAAUAGCAGUGAAAAGCCCCUCCCCAUAGGCGUAGGCUUCGUAACCUAUGCCCCUUCCACCACGCACUUCGCGCACACCACACUUCCCAUCCUGGUCAAGCACCGCCCGGCUGCGAUAUGGCUCUUCGCCCCCGCGCCCUCGGCGCCCGACACCCUGCCUUCCAUGCUCGCCGCGCUGCGGUCCGCGGGCGCUGCCUGGGGAUUGAAGAUUGCAGUCCAGGCCGGGACUGUGGCGGCGGCACGGGAGGCGGUGAGGUCGGGCGCGGAUGUGGUGGUCGCGCAGGGUUCGGAUGCUGGGGGCCAUCAGUUUAGGAGGGGCGCCGGGGUCGUGGGGUUGGUGCCGGAGGUGGUGGAUAUGGUGAGGGAGGAGGUUGAGCGCGAGGAUGGGGGCAGAGAGGUCGUGGUUUGGGCGGCUGGGGGAGUGGCGGAUGGGAGGGGGGUUGCUGCUGGGUUGGCGUUGGGAGCGGAGGGGGUGGUGAUGGGGACGCGGUACAUGGUAGCCACCGAGUCGGACGUGCAGGGCUUCAAGCGGAAGGCCAUCCUGUCUACCUCGGACGGGGGCGUCAACACGGCCAAAUCACAACUGCACGACCAUGUCCAGGGCAACAUGUCGUGGCCUGAUGCAUACGACGGCCGAGCGGUGAUACAUCCUUCGCUCCAAGAUGAGCAGGCGGGUGUCUCGCUCGAGGAGAAUACGAAGCGGUUUAAUGCUGCUAAGGAGAGUGGAGAUCUCUCGAGGAUGGUCACCUGGUCUGGAACAGGCGUCGGCUUGAUCAAGGAGGAGCUGCCUGCUGCUGAGAUUACGAAGAGGGUGAGGGAGGAGGCGCUGAAGGUCAUUGCGGGUCUCAAGGCAGCGCUCUAA